CACAAUCGAAUCGUGAAUCGUUAGACAUGCUGCGCUCGACGUUAAGCAAGAGCUCACCAGUGAUCACCAGUCUUCAUGGUCACCGUAGAUACAUUUCCAUUUUGGAAAAGCCGUUCCACGAUCGUUCGAGGGCUUGGCAAUCGCGCAGUCUUACCGCGGGACAGAAACGAUUCAAUCACGAGACUCGGACGAAUGUGUCGUACAUCUCGGAAGGCGGUAGCGUGCCGUUGUUUGAAAAGACAGUGGGACAAUUGCUCGGAACUGCGGCGACGAGAUGGCCGGAGAGAGAUUGUUUGGUGUCGAUCGAGGGGAACGUUCGUCUGACGUUCAAGGAGGUCUUGGAUCGGGCGGAUCGUUUGGCGGCCGGUUUGAAGAAACUCGGCCUUAAACACGGUGAUUGUUUAGGUAUAUGGGGACCGAACGACGCCGAGUGGUUCAUAAGUUUCAUGGCAGCGACCCGAGCGGGCCUGAUACUCGUCGGGAUCAAUCCCGCUUACCAACUCAACGAGAUCACCUACUGUUUGGCGAAGGUUGGCGCGAAGGCUGUGAUAUCGCCGGAGGGUUUCAAGACGCAGAACUAUCCACGCAUGUUGCUAGAGGCAAAACAAGCGUGCCCCAGUUUGGAGCACAUAAUUAUCUAUUCGAAGGAUCACGUGAACGGUACACGACGGUUCCAGGAUGUGGAGGAACUUGCGUCUAAGAAGGAGGUCGAGGCGAUCGCUGCGGAACAAGACGCGAUAUCCUGCCACGCAGGCUGCAACAUACAAUUCACAUCUGGGACCACGGGGAAACCGAAGGCGACCCUGUUGUCGCACAGGUCUAUGGUGAACAAUGCCAGGCAGGUUCUAGAGCGAUCGGAAAUUCGGGAGGGACAGAAGGUAUGCCUGAACGUUCCCUUCUUCCACGCGUUCGGCAUAACGAACAGUCUGGUGAUGCUACAUUCGGGGAUCGCCUUCGUGCUGGAGUCGCGCUCCUUCAAUCCCGUCAAGUCCAUAGAGGCGAUGGUGAAGGAGAAAUGCGAGAUCGCUUAUGGGACACCGACGAUGUGGAUCAAUCUUCUCGACGCCCAUCACCGACUUCAACCACCGCCAAUAAAACUGGUCUGCGGCUUCACCGGAGGCGCCACCGCCUCGCCGGCGCUCUUCAAGAGGAUUCGAGAAUGUUUUCAUUUCGACAAGAUAAAGACGGUGUUCGGUCAGACGGAGGCGACAGCGGUGGUCUGUCAGUCGUUGCCCGGCGAAUCGACGGAGCUGACGGACAACACAGUCGGUCAUAUCUCCAAUCACAUGGAAAUGAGGGUUGUGGAUCAGAAGGGAUCGAUCGUGCCGUUCGGUACUAUCGGUGAGCUUCAGGUACGCGGUUACAACGUCAUGAUGGAGUACUGGGGUGACCCGGAAAACACCAAGCAGACCAUCACCGAGGAAGGUUGGUUGAAAACAGGCGACCUUUUCGUUCUACGAUCGGACGGCUACGGUCAUAUAAUCGGACGGCUCAAGGACGUGGUGAUACGGGGCGGCGAGAACGUGUUCCCGAAGGAGGUCGAGGACUUUUUGAUGACGCAUCCACUGGUGCUCGAGGCGCAGGUUAUCGGUGCCUACGACAAGGUCUACGGGGAGGAAAUUUGCGCGUGCGUGCGUCUUCGUGAACGCGCCCGUCUCACCGCGGACGAGCUGCGGGACUAUUGCAGGGGGAAGAUCGCGUACUUCAAGAUACCGCGUUACGUCGAGUUCGUCGAGGAUUACCCGAAAACGGUCAGCGGAAAAGUGCAGAAGUUCCGAUUGAAGGAGGAAAUGGAGCGUAAGGGCGUGAUUCCCAGCGCUCCACCGAGCGAGGACAGAGCUUCCGGUACGCCCACACAUGUUCCUUCGAGUUAGAUGAGAAUUGUCGACGUACUUCGGCUCGAACCGUCCCGAUUCUUCCUAGCUGCACACACAUUACACCUGAGGUGGCAACCCAAAGUAUUCGAU